AUGGCACAGAGAGAAACGCGCAUAGGGCCGCUGCCUGGGGGUCGCCGAGGCGCGUCUGGAGCUGGCGCUGGACGCGGCAGCAUGCGGGCUGCCAGCCGAGCGCGAGGAGCUGCACGAUCACCUAGCAGCCCUUCGCAUCCAUCAUCCCCACCAGAAGGCUUGGUGUCGGCUGGGUCUUCUCGGACUCAGCAAGCGGCACUUGCCACUGGUGGAACACGUCGCAUGCGUCGGACAAAAGCUAUGAACGAAAACGCAUUGCGGGCGUACUAUAGGGCGAAAGGGAAAGAAACUGUGGGAAUAGCGUAUAGGGUUCGGAUGUAUUGCUUUUUUGCAGAGCUGGAGCUCUCUAUUCCCGUCACGGAAAAAAACCUGGCAGACCGAGUUCGGUACAUCAUGCGCUCGAAAAUAUUUGAUGAUGCCGAACUCAAACGACUACGACGUGAGGAUAUUCCAUCAUCGAAUGAAUCGGCUACGGCUGGGGAUGUAGCUCCACAUGCGACAGACCAGCAUCCACACGUGGAAGCUGCCAUGGAUCUUCCAGUUGUGGUUGAUUCGAACGACGAUGAAAUAGUCUUCCACGAACUAGAGCAAAUGAGGACCAUAUUGAAUGAGACGAUUUUGGAAACGCGCGGCAUCCCUCUCAAAAAUCGACCGCGACUUCCCCGCAUACCCCUAAGCAAGCGAAAUCGGGCUGUCAUGAGGGCUCUUAACCCAAUACUGGUGACCUAUUUGGAAGCCAGCCGGGACCUUUGCGAGACGGACUCAAUUAUUUUUGACGCCGCAUUGGCAGUUUGCCGUAUUAUUGGCGCCUAA